AUAAUUACUAUUUUAUUAAGGUAGUUUUAUUUAUGCAUAUCAGUUUGUUUAUGUAAUGUGCUACUGAGUAAUAUUUUUCAGAUUGAAUGAUCUCUAUGAAAGUAUAAAUUUAUUCAUUAUUUCUAAACAAGUGGAAGUUUAAUGCUGACUUGUAGAAUUUUGUUACAAAAUUUGCCAAUUUUAAGUUUGGUGUUAUAGACUGUAAUAUUUGCGAUGUCAUGUAACAAAAUUGAAUUUAAGUUUAUACCUAUGUUGAAUGAUAAUACAUUGAUGUAAAAGAAUUUAAUAGUGGGCAUAACAUUGGCAGUUAAAUUAUAAUUUGUGCAUUUAUUUUAAUUAAAUUUUUGUCAGUAUUUGUGAAAAAUUCUUAGAUUUGAUUCUGUACUUACACUAUAUAUUUUGUUUAAUAUAAAUAUGUAAACAUUUUUUCCCCCAGGUGCAUGUUGAGUUUAGACAACAAUGUAAUGAUAUGGACCUUGAUAAACUAUUAGAACAGUUUGUACUUACUAGAGGAACAGGUCCUGACAAACCAGGUCCCUUAUAUUUUGAGGAGGCAGAUUUGUCCUCAUUAGGUCAAAUCCAGUCUCCAGAAAUUUUGGAUUCUCAUAAUGAAGAAAGGUCAAAUAAAAAAGAAGGUAAAAAAAUGUCUCUUCGUCAUAAAAGCAAACCAUCCCGCCGCACCAUCUCCCUCCUGGACUUGUUUUUUUCAUCAUCUCUUGGAAAUGGAGAUUCAAGUGGUGCUUCUGUUACCUCAAAUCCUUCACUCGCAAAUGCCAUUCAUCCUGCUAAUGACACUACAAGUAGCACUUCAAAUCCCUCUAACAGUGAUUCACUUCAUAGGACCACAUUUCGAGCAUCUAAAUGGUUUCUGAAAAGCAAAAGAGAGAAGAAAAAAGAAAAGAAGAAAAAGAAAAAUUUGAGUAAAACUGAAUCAACAGAUACUGCAAAUGACACAAGUGAAAUGGAAAAAGCAGAACCAAAAACGCCUCGUGUAGAUGCUGAGGGUUUUACAAUUGUUCCACCAGAUGGAGUUCAAGAAAAUAUCCUUUUAUCUGAAGCAGUUUUAAAUGACAAAGAUAGCUUCUAUUCAAGUUCUGAUGGAGAAUCUGAAGAUGAAGAGAAGGAGAGAAAAAUCCAUAUAGAAAUAAAACCACUUAGUAAUGGUGCACCAAUGAGUGCAAGUGUAGAUGAACUGAGAGCUACUGUAGGAAAUCUCACUUUGUCUCCCAUUUCUCAACAUGCUCAACGAUUGGAUGCAUUAUAUCUUCGCUUAAAGAAUCGCCGAGUUUAUAGUAGUGCAACUUCAACUCCAGAGGAUGGUCCAAUUAAAAGAUCGAUAUCUGCAUCUCAUCCAAUAAGCAAAACUGAAGGUGAUGUUUUCAGUCUCUUUAGUCCUACAGCUUCCAGUGCCUCAACUCCUACAGGUGCACCUAGUGGAAUUCAGAGUCCUACAAGUGCUGGUAGUUUGAGUAUAGCACCAAGUGAAGAUAAUACUCCAACAGCAACAAAUAGAUAUGCAGCUUUAAGCGAAAUCUUUGCAGAAGCUACUCAAACAGAAACAUCUGAAGCAUUUAAAACAGCUCAAAAUGGAAGUAGGGGAAGUACGCCAACCAGUUCUAUUGGACCACCAACUCCUACUGGUAUUAUUGGACCACCUUUGCUUCCUAGACCACCAUCUAGAAGAGCUUUAGAGGGUCCAACAAGAGGUCGAAUGUCACCUUUACCAAAUACAAUGACAAGAACGGAGAGUAUUGGAAGUUUAACAAAUGAUUUUAAAACAACAUCAAUGCCAGUAGGUUCUUCAAGAGGGCCUUCCCCAUUAACAAUUGGGAUAUCAGAUACAAUUCCUCUUGCAGUUGCCUUCCAAGAAGUUGUUCAUGCAUAUUUUAGAGGAGCAGAUGAAUCUAAAUGCCAGUUACGACUGAUGGGAGAUAUGAAAGUAUCAUUUCCAGCAGGUAUUGUGCAAGUAUUAGCAAAUAACCCAUCACCAGCCAUUCUUUCUUUCAAAGUAACCAAAGCUAGUAGAUUGGAAAACAUUCUUCCAAAUAAACAGUUAAUAGUUCAGGAUCCAAUAAAGAGUUCAUUCAAUCAUUAUGUAUAUGAUUUUAACAUGCCUGCAUUAACAUCUUUACUCAGGAAACAGUAUGAACAAACACCAUCAGCAUCUUAUUUUAAUAUUGACAUUUUAAAAUAUCAUAUCAAAUCAGGACCUGGUGCAACCAGCACUCCUUUACAUCUUGUUGCAUAUUGGAAAUGUGAACAGUCAAUGACCGAUAUCAGAAUAGAUUAUAAAUAUCAUCCAGCUGCUUUAGCCUCUCCGGCUUCUAUCACAAAUAUACAUAUUAUUGUACCUGUAGAUGGAGGUGUGACAGAUAUGCAGUCAAAACCUCUAGGAAACUGGAAUAAUGAAACAAGCAGAGCUUCUUGGAAAAUUCCAGAGCUUUCUAAUCAUUCGGAAGAAGGGGGAUUGGGGUCCCUGCGGGCCAGGUUUGACCUCUCAUCCGGACCUUCAAUACCGAGUAUUCUUGCUGCCCAAUUUAUUUGUCAGGGAACAUCACUCUCUGGAGCUGAAUUUGAAUUAAUAGGAACUGGUUAUCGUUUAUCUCUAGUCAAAAAACAAGUGAUUGCUGGAAAAUAUUUGUGUGAAGCAGAUCAAAGUAACUUUGCAUGACAACAGUUUUCAUAGUCUUUACAGAUUACUUCUAAAGGGCAAUAGCUAGUAGUUAUCCAAUUUUAUCUGAGGAACAUUUAAUUCAGCUUGAUUUAAAAAAAUCCAAUAUUAGGUUUGUUAGAUGGACAAUAUUUUUAUGCCAUCUGCAAAAAAGAAAAAAAUAAUAAUAGUACAAGAUCAUUAGGAAGCGACCGACCCCCGACUAAAUGGAGACCUGGCCAAGCACAAUGAAGUGGCUUUGCUUUCAUCUUUACAACUACUGCCAUACACAUAUGUGAUGAACUUAAUGUGAGAAUUUUCCUAAAGAAAAUCACAGAAAUGAAUUUUUAUUUUGACAUAUUCACAUUGUGAGAAUUUUUGAUAUUUUGUUUCUUAAUGAUAUAACAUUUAUUUGUAAUUCAAGCAGACUAAAAAAAGUAACAAUUGCAUUAAUGAAACAUCUAGAUAUUUUGACAAAAUAUGUUGCAAGUGUUCUUAAAAAAUCAAUCAUUCAAGAAGUUUGUGCAUAACAUCAAGUGCCUCCUAUUAUAUAUUUUAGUAUAUUCAUUAUAUUCUGUUAUAAAAUAUAUCUCACAUGAAAAGUUUUUCUAUGUUAAUGUAAAUGGCUAUCAGGUCUCCAGAAUUUUUAACAAGAAUGUAAUUAUUUCAAAUCAUCUGUAUGUCUUGUAUAUACAUAUAUGCACAUACAUACAUAUACAUAAAUAUAUAUAUACAUGCAAACACAUAUGCUCUUAUUUGUGCAUGUGUGUAUAUGUACGUACAUAUAUGUGUAUAUUUUAUAUAUAUACAUAUGUAUAUGUAUAUAUAUAUAUAAUAUUUUUGAAAAUUGAAAUAUCAUACUCUAAUAUAUUCAUUAUAAAAGCAUUAUCAAGUUGUAAAAUUUGAAAUUACAUUAGCACAAUCAUUCCCCAAGAAAAAUGCUUUUAGGAAAAUUGAAAUAUAUUAUUAAAAAAUGUUACGGGUGAAAAAAGAGCAGUUUGUAUGGUAUAACCAAACAAACAGAACAGUUUGUUAAUGAUUGGGUUCUUCCCCGAGCUAUGUAUGUAAAGAAAAGAAGUAAAUCAGAUAGGGCCUUGGGAGUAUUUAGCAAUUAUAUUGCAACUUUGAAAAAAGAAAAAGAUCUAUUGAAAAGUCUUCUGGCUUUUAUCAUUUAAGCCUAAUAGAUAAUUAAUGUAUAAAGUCUGUUUAUUAUUCACAUCUGUAAUCUGAAAUUUAUUUUUAUCAGUCUUAUAUCCAAAAAAAGCAGAGUUCUGUACAGAUUUUAAAAAAAUGCUCGUAUUUAUAUCAUCAGUUAUCUAGAUUUUUGUACUUCAAAGCAACCAGUGGGUCCAUAAACAUCUUUACAAAAUGAUGUAUAGUUAAUGUAAUAACUUUAAAAAAUGUCAAAAAUAAUUGUAUUUGCUAGACAAAAGAAAAUGUUGAUCAUUUUAUUAAAUGCAAAAUUCCAUAAAUUUAAAUUUCUCUUGAGUGGAUAUAGUAUUUGUUCCAGUUGAAUUGAUGUUAUUAUUUGUAAA